CCGGCCCCGGCCCCGGCCCCGGCCGCCCAUGGGGCGCGCAGCCCGGCGGCGGCCCGGCAGCAGGAGGCAGCGGGGAGGCUCCCCCGGCGGCCCCGCUCGCCCGUAGCCCGGCGGGGCAUGCCCGGCCCCAGGAUGCCGGCCUGGGGGAUCCUGCCCGUCACGCUGCCUGCCUUCACCAUCACCGGCAUGUGGAUCGUGUAUGCCAUGGCGCUUUCCAACAACCACAUCUGCCCUGUCCACAACUGGAAUUACAACCAGUCAUGCGGCGUGGAUGGCCCUGGCUCCUGCUGCACUCUGGACCACAUCCCCCUCGUCAGCAAGUGUGGCACCCUGCCUCCCGAGAGCUGCUUCUUCAGCCUCAUCUGCAGCCUGGGCUCCUUCAUGGUCAUCCUGGUGGGGCUGCUGCGAUACGCCCACCUCCUGGAGCGCCUCGGGCCAUCCCUCCUCAACACCCUGGGGCUGGCCACUGGCUGGGUCUGCGCUGCCGGCCUCACCAUGGUCGGCAACUUCCAGGCACGGCAGGGCUGUCGGCACGAGGGGCUCAGGAGCUGUCACCACACAGACAAAAGAAACAAGCACCUUGAGAUCCCAGCAGCAGACAGUGGGUCCACAUCUGCUCUUCAGCCAGGAAUUGGGCACAGGGUGGAUCAUGCCAAGGUGCUGCACUACAUUGGGGCGGGGGUGGCCUUUCCCACCAGCAUGCUGUUCCUGCUCCUGCAGUCCAUCCUCACCUACCGCAUGGCCAAAACCCGCGGACAGUACUGGACCGGCCACUUGCGUAGCAUCCUCACAGCUGUGGCCUUCCUCACCCUUGUCUUCAGUGGUGUGUUCUUCAUCCAGGAGAGCUUCGUACUGCAGCAUGUGGCCGCCCUGUGCGAGUGGAUGUUCAUCAUCGAUGUCCUGGUCUUCUAUGGCACCUUCACCUUUGAGUUUGGGGCCAUCUCCACAGACACCUUUCUGGUCCUGCUGAAAGCCAGCCGGGCCCCCAAAAGUUACAAAGGCGAGAGCAGCGUAUCCAGCACGGUGCACAUCCACAGCCACGCAGAGGGCCUGGCUAUGGCCUGACCCCCACAAGAAGCAGGCUCAUGGCGGGGACCCCCAAACUUGGCUCUGUCAGUGACUCCCCUGCCUUGAAUGUCUCCAAAACCCCGGAAGCCUCGGGGUGCGUGUGUGCAUGUGUGUGCACGUGUGGGCAUGCAGUGCCCUCCCCUCCUGGUGGGAGCUGUAACCCGGGCUCCUCCGACAGGCAGUGUUCCCUGCAGGGGCUGCCCCCUCCCUGCCCGUGGGAUUUGGGGUCACUGCUGCGGUUCAAGGAUGCCAGCCAGAUGCUGCUAUCGGCGGAGUCGGGAUCUGCCCCUGAGCCUCCAGUGUUCCCUGUCUGAGUUGGGGGCUGUCAGAGGCAAUCAUACAGAGGCCCCCUUCUGUAAGGGAUGUGGGGGAAAAGGGCUCACCCUCCCCUCACCACUCAAGCCUGGUGUGCUGGUGAAGGAGGAUCACCAUGCCUCCCUCCUCCAUGGCCACAGGAAUAGGGUUCAGCAGAACAAGCCGUCCAGCUGGCCACUGUGACUGCCAGAGGAGCCAAAAACCCAAAGUGCCUUUUCCCUUCCUUGGGAGGUGGUGACAGUGCCGGUCUGCCUGCAGCCCCAGUGAGGAUGGCAGCAGGGGGUCUCUCCCUGCCCACCUGCCCAGGUAGGGAUAGUGCCUUGUGCUGCUGCAGGGUGACACCAGCAGCCCCAGUUGGUGUGCGCUGGCCCUUCCAGCCAGAGCUCUCACUGCUUGGGGCCUUCCAUGCCUUCAGCUGAUGACUUUCCCACAUUUUUUCAGCUUGGAGGAGAAUUGCUGAGG